AUGCUAACGAGUUUCUACUCCUUUGUGAGAUCAGAUCAUUCCACCAGUAUCUUCGUCACUAACCAUGGCUCCAAACAGGGCAAACGAUUCCCGAGACUCGCCAACGAUGCCGGACUUCAAGGAUGGAUGGUCUCAAUACUUACCUUGGGUGCAAUGUUUGGAGCUUUCGCCAACGGCCCUGUCGCCGACCGCUUCUCAAGACGCUGGUCAAUUCUCUAUGCCAACAUCAUCUUUCUCAUCGGCUCGGCCAUUCAAGCAGGAGCCCAAGAUAUGCCUAUGAUGUUUAUCUCCCGUUUCAUUACCGGUGUCUCAAUCGGAAUGCUGUCUAUGGUUGUCCCACUAUAUCUGAGUGAAGUGGCACCACCGGAGCUCCGUGGGAGCCUUGUCGCACUUCAACAACUCGCUAUCACUUGUGGCAUCAUGUGUGCUUUCUGGUUGGACUAUGGGACACAAUAUAUCGGAGGAACGGGGGAUGGACAAUCAGAGGCUGCAUGGCGUUUCCCUCUGGCAUUCCAAUGUGUGCCUUCGUUGCUCCUGGCAGUCGGCACUUUCUUUUUGCCAUACAGUCCACGGUGGUUGGUACAAGCUGGUUCGUCGACUUCCCAUCAUAGCCUUAACUUUUACUCUUUUAUCACCGAGGCUAAUCACAUCUUGCUUCCAGACCGCGAAGAGGAAGCGCGCGAUGUCCUUUGUCGAUUACGUCGUGUGCCGGAAUCGGAUCCACGAAUUCGUCUUGAACUCUUGGAGAUCAAAGCGGCCAGCAUGUUUGAACAGGAGACAAGAGCUGCAAAGUAUCCGAAUGUUAGCGGAAAGAUUCAGAUUGCGCUUCGGGAGUAUAAAGAUCUUUUUGUUCUUCGCCAUCUCAACCGCCGUCUUCUGAUUGCGUGCAUGCUGCAAUUUAUUCAGCAGUUCACCGGUAUCAAUGCUGUCAUAUACUACGCUCCAACAAUGUUUAGAUCGAUCGGACUUGAUGGAGACUCGAUCAGUCUUCUCGCAACAGGUGUUGUUGGAAUUAUCAAUUUCGUCUUCACCAUUCCUACGAUCAUGUUUAUUGACAAGUGGGGCCGUCGCAAGAUACUACUCUUGGGCGCAGCUGGAAUGGGCAUUUCUCAGCUCCUAGUCGGCACACUGUAUGCCGUUUAUCGCAACCGAUGGGAAACAAAUGUCAGUGCAGGCUGGGCAGCGGCAGUCUUUAUUUGGAUCUACAUUGCGAAUUUCGCCUAUAGUAUUGGAUGCGUCAACUGGGUUAUGCCAUCCGAGAUCUUCCCACCUUGUGUCCGCUCCAAGGGAGUGAGUAUUGCCAUCGCAACUAAUUGGCUGACCAACUUCAUCGUUGCCUUGAUCACCCCACGGAUGUUAGAAAGUAUAACAUUCGGCACAUUCUAUUUCUUCCUGGCAUUUUGCGUCAUUCUCUUCGUCUGGGUGAUGUUCCUGGUCCCUGAAACGAAAGGAGUCCCUAUCGAGGAAAUGGAUCUGUUAUUCGGGGGCAACCAGGGUCAGGAAGACUUGGCCCGAAUGUUAACUGUCAGGGCUAGAUUGGGGGUUGCGGAAGAUGCGGACAUCAUGAUAAAGCAGCACAUUGACAAAGAAGGUAUCACUUUGGAAGAAAGAGAGUGA